AACCGGGUAUGCGGCGAGUGACAGUGCCAAACGUGUUUGUCAACCAAAGCUUUGAGCACGUGUUUGAGCGUUAUCCUCGAAAAAAUGGGAGAUAUAGAAAUGACGUCGCCCGUGAAGAAGGAGAAGAAAAAGAAGCGAAUAAAGGUUGAGGCGGAAGAUGAGGAGAAUCUGGGGGAACUACAGCGUACGGGAAACUUCCUCAUUGCCCCUUCGCAGAAGGUCCCCACACUGGACACAUCCAAAUGGCCAUUGCUACUUAAGAACUUCGAUCAUCUCAAUGUGCGCACAAAUCACUACACGCCACUUCCGUUUGGUGCGUCGCCCCUCAACAGAGACAUCAAGGACUACGUGAGUUCGGGCUUCUUGAACAUUGACAAGCCAUCGAAUCCCAGUUCGCACGAGGUUGUUGCGUGGCUCAAGAGGAUUCUCAAAGUGCAAAAGACAGGGCAUUCAGGGACGCUGGAUCCGAAGGUUACGGGAUGCCUCAUUGUGUGCAUUGAUCGAGCUACGAGGCUCGUAAAGUCCCAGCAGAGUGCUGGCAAGGAGUACGUAGCCGUGUUCAAGCUUCACGCUGCCGUGGAGUCACUCACAAAAAUCCAUCAGGGUCUCGAGAAGCUCCGUGGGGCCUUAUUCCAGCGCCCACCACUCAUUUCAGCCGUAAAGCGUCAACUUCGCGUCCGUUCGGUGUAUGACAGCAAACUCCUGGAUUUUGAUGUAAACAGGAAUCUCGGUGUCUUUUGGGUUAGCUGCGAAGCGGGCUCAUACAUUCGUACAAUGUGCGUCCAUUUGGGCCUCAUGCUGGGCGUUGGGGGCCACAUGACGGAACUCCGGCGUGUCCGUUCGGGUAUUCAGUCCGAGAAGGAGAGCAUGGUGACGAUGCACGAUGUUAUGGAUGCCCAGUACAUGUAUGACCAUCACAAAGAUGAAUCAAUGCUGAGGAGGGUAAUCCAGCCACUUGAGGGACUUCUCGUUGGCCACAAGAGGAUCUUCAUGAAAGACAGCUCUGUCAAUGCCGUGUGCUAUGGAGCUAAAAUAAUGCUUCCGGGUGUCCUGAGGUAUGAGGAUGGCAUUGAAUUGAAUCAGGAGAUUGUGAUUUGCACAACAAAGGGGGAAGCCAUUGCUCUGGCCAUUGCCCUCAUGACAACAGCCACAAUGGCGAGCUGCGAUCACGGGGUAUGUGCCAAAAUAAAGCGCGUCAUCAUGGAACGUGAUGUGUAUCCGCGUAAAUGGGGCCUGGGGCCCAAAGCGUCGGCAAAGAAGGCCCUCGUUGCAGCGGGGAAGCUGGACAAAUAUGGGCGUCCCAAUGAGAAUACCCCCAAGGAAUUCCUCACAAGCUACGUGGACUACAGUGCGCGCCCUGAUCAAUCAUGCUCCAAUGGGGCUGAUGCUGCAGAAGACGUGCAGAAGAAGCGGAAGCUAAGUAUUGGCAGUACGACAUCAGCUGCAGCGGAUACAACAUUAGACACCAGCCAGACAGACCUUGGGGAGAAGAAACAGAAGAAAAAGAAGAAAAAACGUGAUGAGGAAGCUCCGCAGGAGGCCACAGAAGAGGCUCCCGAGGAGGUGAAGGAGAAGAAAAAGAAGAAAAAGAAAGACAAAGAGAAGCAGGAGGAAGCCUAAGCAGAUAAAUUUAGAUCUCUCCUCUUUAUCAAGAGGAUUGGCCCAUGGCAAUUAAAGUCUUGGCAGGGAAAAGUCGUAAGUUGGAUUUCUAAUGCAUUUUCUUUAUGAAAAUUUUUAUUUUAAAAUUAUAAUAAAAAAUGGACUUUGUCCGUGAUAAAAAAAUUAA